AUAGGAUCACCACAUGACCAUUUCUUCAAGCUCCAAAUAUAAACUUCCCUCAACAAAACACACCAAAACUCUCUUUCUCUUCAUCUCUCUUCUUUCCUCUAUAGCUAUCGUAGCAUUCUAAUCCAAUCCAACGGUUGACAUUGUCUAAGAUCUUAUUAGAUCAACAAGAGAAUUUGAUUAUUUUUGUUUAGUUUUUUUGGUUAGAGGAAAAUUAAGAUGGCUUUGGAUGAUGAGAAGAAGGAAGGAGAAGCUUCGGGAGAGACAUCAGAAAAAGAAAUUGGGUUAAGCAGACAGAACAGUCAGAGCUCUUUGUCUCCGACAGAGGAUGAUGAAGACGAUGAAGACAAGAAGCUCCAACUCGGUCCCAUGAUCGCUCUCAAAGAACAACUUGAGAAAGACAAGGAUGAUGAAAGCUUGAGGAGAUGGAAGGAACAGCUUCUUGGCAUCGUGGAUUUAGAGGAUGUUGGAGAGACACCGGAUCCGGUAGUAAAGAUACUAGAACUCACAAUUAGAUCACCGGACAGAGAGGAAAUGGUAUUGACGAUACCCGAGGAUGGGUUGCCGAACCCGAAAGGCCCUUGGUUUACCAUAAAGGAAGGUUCUAAGUACACUCUCGUCUUCAACUUCCGUGUCACAAACAAUAUCGUUUCAGGCCUUCGCUAUAACAAUACCGUAUGGAAAACUGGCGUUAAGGUGGAUAGUACGAAAGCAAUGCUUGGGACGUUUAGUCCUCAAGCUGAGCCUUACCAACAUGUAAUGCCUGAAGAAACGACACCGUCUGGUAUAUUUGCUAGAGGAUCCUAUUCCGCAAGAACUAAGUUCGUUGACGACGAUAAUAAGUGCUACUUGGAGAUCAACUACACCUUUGACAUCCGCAAGAGUUGGCAAUGAUCCACCGAAUCAUACAUUCUCUCAAGUCUAAACCAAAGCUCAUUUUGAUAAUUUUUUUUUAUUAUUAUCUUACAUUCGAUUAUGCAGACUAGAAAAUUUUUAUUUUAGCUUUCGAUUAAAUGAGCAUGAA